UGUGAAUCCGGAGCUGAGGUUUUAAAUAUCGCUGGUUCCACUUCAGCUGGGGAGUGACGCUGGAUCUGGUGCGCAGCCAGAAUCCAGCAGCAGAGCGACACAGCCAACAGUCUGCACUUCCCACUCACGUCAGGAGCUGCUCUCAUGAACGUUGGCUUCUUCUUCUUCUUUUUUAUUGCCAAGGCCACAAGUUUAAUGACGAGACUAAAUCUCUCAGUUCCUCAGUCUGAUUCAGACUCGCUCUGACUGGCGGAUCACUCUGUUCCUGUGCGCUUCACUCAGAUUUUGCGCACGCGUCGCCGGCGGGAAGCGAGCAGAAAACGUCCUUUGUGCCAUUUUCCCUCGUCUUUAAAAGAAAGUACUAGGUGUUAAACGUCCAGCUCGUUCAUAAUUUCGAUUUUUAAGGUAGUUAUUCUUCCUGGCGACGCUGUGGAUGCGUUGUGCCAAAAUGUUUCCUUGGCGGCGCGCCUGUGCCUCGGUUUUAACGCCAGGACUGGGGAGUGUUUGCUGGUUUUCCCUGGAUUAUAACAGAAGAAAAUAACUUGCUUGGGACAAAACUGCCCCAAAAGGUCACUUCUGUUCUGAUAAUCUACCUGUCAUCUUUUAAAAAGGCUAAGGUGUGUUUUCAGUGAAUACGCAUUUUUGGCACGAGAGGAACGCAGUGAUGCCGCGUCGGAUCCGCGUCCUGCUGCUGCUGCACCUGGCUGUGCUGCUGUCCGGUUGGCCCACCGGGGCGGUUCGGAUCCGAAAGAAGGCCACCAGGACUCGGUCUUGUCUGGACCUGCCGGAGGAGGUUCUGGAGCAGAUGUUCGGGCGGCUCUCAGUCGGAGUGAUGAGCGCUUUUCAUCACGCUCUGCAGCUGGAGCCGCAGGAGAAGCUCAACCUGACCUGCCCGAGCACCUCGCGGACCCUGACCGACAGCAAGACCCGCCUCCCGGUCAACCUGCGCAGCGUCUCCCCCUGGGCCUACAGGCUCUCCUACGACCCCAACAGAUAUCCCCGCUACAUCCCUGAGGCCUACUGCCUCUGUAAAGGCUGCCUGAUCGGGCCUUACGGUGAGGAGAGCAACCAGCACCGCAGCACUCCGGUCUACACUCCGUCUGUCGUCCUGAGGAGGACGGGAUCAUGCAUUGGCGGCCGACACUCCUACGCUGAGAUCUACGUCUCGGUGGCCGUUGGAUGCACUUGUGUGUCGCUGCAGGAGAAGGAACGGGACGGACAGAACAGCAACCAGAGUCUGGAGGGACGAGAGAAGAAAGCCAGGCAGCUGUUCUCUGCAGGAAAGAAAGCAUGAAGGAAGCAGGACUGUGGUUCUCCAGAUAGGUCUUUACGUCAAAGCUUCAUCUGCAUUUGUUGGUAUUUUUCCCCACCGAUACAUGUUACACGUUUGGAUAGAAUGUUUCAUUACGAAAACAAAGCUAAUGACGACAUUUUAUUGUCUAUUUUGAGCUUAAAUAAGAUGUUUUGUUUGGUCUGCCUUUACUACUGGCUUGUUUUUAUCUACACUUAAAGAUGUCUGGACUACAGCUGUACAAGGAUCUUCUCUGCAGAAAAGGAAACAUGAAGGAAGCUGGACUGUGGUUCUUAAGAUGACAACAAAACCACAUUUGUUUCCCCUCAUCGACAUUUCCAACAUUUAAAGGGAUUAAACAUCUAAAGUUGGAGCUCCUGGAACAAGUACAAGUUGAACAUUUGGAUGAAGAGUUGAACGAAGAACAUAAAGCUAAUAAGGACAUUUUAUUGUCUAUUCUGAGUUUAAAUAAGACGUUUUAUUGGGUCAACUUUCACUGUUGCCUUGUUUUAUAUUUACACUUGACAAAGACGUCUGGACUACAGCUGAGCAUGGAGACAAAAAGGACAACAGAAUGAAUCUGCACCUGGAGAGACUUUGUCUGAAAUCAGUCCCCAUACACUAUACAGUGCACUUUGUAGGGGUGAUGGCAUUUCCAGUGACUUCUGACGGCUAUUUUUAGAGUGUUAAGACAUAUUUUCUACAGAAUGUACCUUUUUUAUAUGUGGAACUUGUCAAAAUGACAACAGGAAUGAAACAAAUCCAUGAGUUAUAGUGUGGAAACAUUAAAGUUAAAAACAAUAA